UUCUUAAAUAUGGCACAGUGGCACAGCAUAUGUUGUCACCGUGACAUGUUUUCUUUAGUCCAGCUUUUUCCGUUCAAAACAAAGUCAUCUCCACACAGCAGCGGCAGCUUAGAGGAGAGUUCCUGAAAAAAUAUCUGGACCAUGGAGAGUAAAGCAGCGAUAUAAACAUGCGGGGUGAGGGUUUACUCUAGAUAUUUCAGGUCUAAAUUGUUUUAAACUUCACAGAAAAUAACCAGACCUUAUCUCAGGUCAAGGUUUUUCAGCUAGGGGUGCCCAGCCAGCACUGCCCCUGGAGAGGCUGUUCACCCUCCAGAGCUACGAUCCUAACCCGAGAACACCUGACCCUGGAAGCAGCGUGAUAUGAGAGGUCAGGGUAAGAAGGAGUGCGGUUUAGUGGAAAUAAAGUUUUGAGGAGCAGCAGGAUCUCCAGGAGAUUCGAAUUCAACAUGGGCACGAUCGGCCACGCGUAGAGAAAAGAGGACCACCCCUGCAAUGAGGCCUCGACUUCCAAACAGGGUUAGCAAACAGCACAGCGCCGCCCUGUGGUGAAGAGUCAGAGGUUACAGACCGUAAAUUCUUUCAUGCACGUCUUCUCAUGAAGUCCAGCGAUAAUUGUGGCUCACAGGGGCAAUGAAACGCAAUGAAGGUAGCAUUAAAAACCGAAGAAACGCAGAGCAGAAAGCGCAGUGGGGCCGAGCACCUGUUCGCGGUGACGUCACGGCGGGUGGGGGGAGGUGCGGCGCGGAGCUGAGGGCCUGAGACUGAGAGACACCUGUACUGUGCACAAGCGGACACGGCGUGUUUACUCGAAAUACCUCCCCGCCGGACUAUGGAGGAGGCCUCUGUCAGAUGACUCACUGAAGCAGAACAGUCAGCUUUCUUGAAAUUUGAUGAACAAUUCCUGGAGAAACUUCCGUGUGACGCAACGCAGCCAUGGAGAAGAGGAGGAGGUCGGUAGCCGCGCUCUUCUGCUGCCUUCACCUCACAGAACUGCUGGCCAUCCAGGUGACAGUUCCCUAUACAGAGAGGAGCACAACUCUGUUUGCCUCCAUCAUCCUGCGUUGUGAUUACUCAACUUCAGCCAACCAACAGGAUGUGCUGGUUACAUGGCGCUACAAGUCCUUCUGCCUGGACCCAGUGUUGCAGUAUUACUCAACAGCUUACCAAGCAGCUCUGACUCUGGGACAGGACCCAGCCAACGACUGCCCAGAUCGACAACGCACUGUCCGCACGGUCAUCCAGAAGAGGGGCAUUAAUGAACCCAUACUGGGGGCAGAUUAUCGAGAACGCAAGAUCACCAUCCAAAACAAAGCAGAUCUGGUCAUCACUGAGGUCAUGUGGUGGGACAAUGGCAUGUACUUCUGCUCCAUUGAUGCAGCUGGAGACACCGUAGGAGACUCUGAUAAGGAAAUCAAGCUCAUUGUGUACCACUGGUUGACAGUGCUGUUGAUCAUCAUUGGGGCAUUGCUGCUGAUCAUACUCUUCGGUGUCUGCUGCUGUCAGUGCUGUCCUCAGAAAUGCUGCUGCUAUGUACAAUGUCCCUGCUGUCCCAAGACAUGCUGCUGCCCAGAGAAAAUGGUGAUGCAACACAGGAUGAUGCGCGAAGCUCAGAAAGCCAUGGCUCCUUGGCUCCACGGCCAACCCAUCUAUUCUCCCAUUGGCUCUAAUGGGUCCUCUCAGGCGAACCCUUUGCUCUACUCAGGAUCUUUUUCUGAGUACCCUUCUAAACACAAUAUGCCAAUGGGGCCAAUGGUUAUGCCUCCACCCCAACCUGGGCCUCCUAUGAUACUUCCACAUGGAGUCCAAGCCAAUGGCAGCAUACAUGGGAGUAUGCAGGGUGGCAUGUAUGGUACCAACCAGAUGCUGGACUUCCUGGAGAAUCAGGUGAGGGGGAUGGAUGUAGGAGCUCCACUUCUCCAGACUCAGCCUCAGUAUGUGGCAGCUCCUCUUCAAGCUCUGCCUCAUCAGCAAAUAGCCCUUCCACCACAGCCUGUACAGCCCACACAGCCACUAACACAGGCUGUGCCCUUCACCCCUGGGCCACCCAGUAUGCUCUCAGCCCUGGAUGAGAUGGGUGUGCAUGGCGUGGAGCGCAGGGUCAUUCAGCUGCCCCCCAUUGUGGGCCGAGCCCCAAGCCUGCCCUCUCGCAGAGCCCCAAGGGAUAACCGUGGGGCACUGCGCUUCUCCAGUCAGUCCAGCAGUAGCUCCAACCGUACAGGCCAUUACCGUGAUGACUCAAGGCGGGAUCCUGGGUCAUCACGGCGCGGGAUCCUGCGCAGUCAUAGUGACGACUCAGACUGGGACGACAGGCGGGGGAGGGGAUCAAAGGGACGCAGGGGAGGUUCAGGUGGAGAGCGUCCCUCACGCCCACGAGCACGCAGCAAAGAUGAGCUGAUAGAGGAGCUGCAGCGGGCAAAUCCUCGCCGUGGCUCCUGGAGCUCAGAAGAGGACAGUCACAGAGGAGCUGCAAGCUCACGGGACAGAGGCUGGCCUGAGAAACCACCCAGCUACUCCUCCAUUGAGAUCCAGGCUGGCCACAGUAGGAGGACCAACUCGGAUAAGAGCUCUCGCAGUGGCGUCAGUGUUGUGAUCUGAAGCAUUGUCCUGCUUGAUCCUGUAUUUUCACCCAGUCUCUUCAGUGGAUGCUUAAAUUAGAAUGGCCAAGUUUCAGUAAAUGGGAGGCAUUCCAAAGUUUUCUGUAGAAAGUCACUGUCAAAGAGUGAACAGCCUUAGGCCAGUGGUAGAAGAGGAUGUUGAAUGAUAGUUUUAAAAGUUUUGUAAUUUUAAUUCAUAGAUUUUCCUACCUUUUUAUAAUUUUUAAAAAUGUUUUUUAUUUUUAGAUUUUAUUUGUUUGCUUUUACAAUUCGAGUGCUGUCAUGCAGUGCUAAUAUUUAAUACUAAAUAAUUGCCUUAAAAAGCUAUGAUUCAAUUUCAGUAUAGAGUUUUUGUGUUUACAUGUAUCUGUUUUGUGUUCAGUUUGGUGGUGGGUUUUUUUGUCUUUGAUAUGAAGGAAAACUACAUGCAUACAUUUGUUUAAUGGAAAUCCCACAGAUUUUUGAAUGAUAUAUAUAGCACACACUGACAUGUAUAAAGUCCUUUAGAGUGGUUUAAGAAAACGUACUAAGAACCUGAUUGUAAUGUCACAAAUACACAAAUAUAAUCUUAUACACAUGUAUUCAGAGUUUUCAUAUGUAAUGUUAUGAUAGAAUAGUAAAUCUGAAAAAAAUGUUUUCUUUUGUUACUAUAUUCCCUUAAAACGUCCUGUAUUCACUUCUCUGUCAUGAAUGGAUUAGGAAAAAAAAGUUUUAAGCCAACGCCUUAUUCUCAUUAAUCAGUGUACUCGCAACCCUUUCAUGUAAUAACUUUCUGUGAGGUAGAUUUUUUGAAGCAUUAAGCGAUUCAGAUGUCUGGUUCCUGUAACCACCACUGUGAACAAUUCUUACUUGGUAAGUUUAAGUAGAAUGGAAUAAUCUGCAUCAGACCACCCAGAUAACUUUGAUAACAUUUUAACCUUUUAAUGAUAUAGAAUUUUUGAAAAGCUGGUGGAAUUCCCCUCUAACGUAUGCCUUACAUUUCUCCCUACAUUUCCUCUGACUUCUUUAUUAUGAAUGACCUUCAGACCACGUGGUAUUCCACAAAGUAGGAUUUCCCAGUAAGUUGGAUAAAUUAAGUCAGAAGUUGGGAAUGUUCCUUCUCCUGUUGGACAGGCCAACUGACAAGUCUUGCUUUGUAAAAUACCCCUCACAUGUGUGGUCUUGUACUUGUUCUCCAGAGUUACUCAGUCUGCAAACUGGGCCCAUUUACACCCCGCCCCCCUCAACUUUUAUGCAGCCUUACGUUUAUUUUCAAUUUAUUACUUUUCUCUCUUCUUUCUGUAAAUACUCCUCGUCAGUUUGCUCUGCUCCACUGGCACACAAAAGUAACACUGGAUGAAAAGGGGAUGAUUUGUGUGUUGCGUGUGCUUAGAAGCAAGGCAGCUUGUUUCAGAGAGUCAAAGUGGAGACUUGAGCCAGCUGUGAAGGAAUUUAGAGGUCAUUUGAAUGUGGACAUGAAUACAUACAUUUGUGUGGCCAAAUUCAGACUCUGUGGUAACAAAUUGAAGCCUGUGUACAUCCCAAAUAUUAAAAAGCGACAUGCGAGUCGGCACAAGCACUGAGUUAUAUUCCUCACCUCAGCCUGUGCCUCAGUUACCUUUGGCUCCUUAACAGUGGAGUCAUUUUUUAUGGCUUCAGAUUAGCUGUUUAACUAAUAUUGCACAUAUUUUGCUAGGUACAGCAGUCUGGCUGUGGUUACAUAUGAAGUAUAGUUGUGGGGCACAUUUGUGUGCUUACUUUCUGUCUUUUUUAAAUACAUUAUCUGUGACUAGUAAUUAAUAAACAAAUGGAAAUCGGAACCACCAUAA